AUGUCAUCGGUGCCAUUGCCUAUGACAGGCCUUUCUAGUGAUUUCCAUCCAUUGAUCUCAGCUCUCAGCUGCUUGCACUCUGGACAAAACACUUCACAAGAAGUGCAGCCUCAAGUCAACCGCCAAGGGAGGUGUGGAAAGCAUAGCGAGGAUCAAACCCGAAAGAUUAUCGAUGAUUUGAUCAUAAAACUUAGUGAUGAUCUACACCACACAGGGGUCACCCCGGCCUUUGUGGAAGCGUGUUUGAAAGAAUACUUUGGGCGAGUAUCUCCAUGUUUCCCCGUCAUCCACGAGCCCACGUUCCCAGCGCAAGACUGUACUCCACCGCUCUUGUUGAAUAUGGUCGCUCUUGGAUCACUUUUCGUCUGUCUCCCAGAUAGCACUCGGAAAGGACAAAUGCUAUGGAGACUGGGACAUGCUGGAGUUGCGACAUCGUGGCAGACCUUGAUUAGGUUGCGAGGACCAAAAGACCAGUGUGAUGGUGUCCAACUGGUGCUAGCAGCUCUUUUGGGGCAAAUAUUUGCAUUUCUUUCCAGUGAUCCUAGUAUUCGGACGACGGCAUUUGCAUCCCAGGGGCUGGGAUUCUAUUGGGCGAAGAUAUCAGGGAUGCACAUGAUGAAUGAAUUUGACAUGCAAAAAGUCCCCGGCCUGCAAGCGGACAUAGCAACUAAAGACGCGGCCUGGCGGACAUGGUCGGCAGUAGAAGUUCAACGAAGAGCAGUGCUUGGCCACUAUAUAUUGGAUGGACUCCUUUCGCAAGCAUCAGGGUCCACCACUAACACCCGUCACGCACUGAAUACUAUCAAAACCGCAUGCUCUGACGCCGCAUUCGCAGCCGAGACAGCCGAUGAAUGGAUCACAGAAAUGUUGCAGCUACGUGGUCCUCCAAUCCCUUUCUCGGAGCUUUUCGUGAAAAUAUGCGCACCGGAUUAUGCCACGAUGCGAGUACAACUAUCUCGAUUCUCCACCUCAGUCCUCCUCGAAGGUCUCCAAUGCCUAAUUGCCGAACGCUACGAAGUGACCAGCCUUCCUCUGGGAACCGUCUCACGACCACAGAUCAUCCAAGGCCUUCUCAACAUCUACGAAACAGACCUCUCAACCUCCCACACCAUCGACUCAAUCCAAAUCCUCAUCCGCUGGCAUGCAGUAUGCAUGGAACUCUCAACGCCCACAAUUUGCCUCUAUCGCCAUAUCUGUGAACUAUACAAGAUCCCACAAGUCCUCAGCGGAAUUCCUCGAGGCCAGACACCCCUAUUUGAGCUAACGACUUGGUCCAAGAGCGCGGAUGCAUACCGUGCCCUCUUGCAUGCGAUAUCGAUAAUAGGCCUUGUAAAUGAAAUACCCAUUGGUCGCAUGCACGCGCUGCACCUGCCCGGUGCUCUUUUCGCCUCCGCUGUUGUGCUCAUCGCUAUUCAUAUACAGAACAAGCAGAUGGUUAGAAUCCCGAAGCGGAUCCUAUGGAACAAGGUCUGGGAUAGCAUUGGAAAUGGGUCUAAAGACUAUAGGCCAGGCGCUGAUCAGGCGGGCCUUUCUGCGAAUCCUGGUGAGGUUCUGAUGACCUCUGUUGACUUGAUGCAUGAAGUGAAUUUCUUGCGGAUGAAUUUAAGGACUAUUUCGUCUCGGUGGUGGAUUUCGGCGCAGAUGGAGGAGGUUAUUGGGCGUUUGGUGGUGCUUGCCACUUAG